AUGCUUGGCAUCGAUCCCCAGAUCAUCUGCCAUCACCUGCACGUCAACCCAGCUAUCAAGCCUAUAGCGCAGAAGAGACGCAACUUCGCCCCUGAGCGGGUUGCCAUCAUUGAAAUCGAGAUCAACAAGCUUCUAGCUGCCGGUUUUAUUGAAGAGGUCUCUUACGCAGAAUGGCUGGCGAACGUUGUUGUAGUAGCAAAGAAAGAUAAAGGCCUGUGGAGAGUAUGCGUCGAUUACACCGACCUCAACAAGACAUGCCCUAAAGAUAACUUUCCACUACCAAGAAUUGAUCAGCUCGUCGAUUCAACUUCCGGCAAUCAACUGCUAAGCUUCAUGGACGUCUACUCCGGUUACAACCAAAUCAUGAUGCAUGAAGAUGAUAAGGCAAAAACCUCAUUCAUCAUCGAAAGAGGUACAUACUGCUACAAACUCAUGCCUUUUGGGCUAAAGAACGCCGGGGCAACCUACCAAAGACUGGUGAACAAAAUUUUCAAGGAGCAAAUCGGCAAGACUAUAGAGGUCUACGUAGACGACAUGCUAGUCAAAGCUCCCAAACGAGCAGACCACAUCAAGAAUCUUGCCGAGGCGUUCAGCCUACUUCGAAAAUACAACAUGAAGUUGAACCCGAGCAAAUGCACAUUUGGAGUCUCGUCCGGCCGAUUCCUUGGAUACUUAGUCACCUAA